AGGAGCUGGUACAUGAACGGCAACGUGCUAAUUGUCAUCGUCAGCGUCUGCGUCAUCCUUCCCCUGGCGCUCAUGAAACAUCUCGGCUAUCUGGGGUACACCAGCGGGCUCUCGCUGACCUGCAUGGUCUUCUUCCUCAUCUCGGUGAUCUACAAGAAGUUCCAGAUCUCCUGCCCGCUGAACGGGACCGAGCCCGUGACCCCCCUCGUCUACUACAACGGGCACAACACCAGCACCAGCGCCGCCAGCACCACCGGGGACGAGUGCACGCCCCAGACCUUCACCGUCAACUCCCAGGUGGGAGCGGGG